UGAACAUGAGUGGAAGUAAGCGUGUUGCCGUGGUGACGGGAUCCAACAAGGGUAUAGGAUACGCAGUAGUGCGGGGACUGUGUAAACAAUUUGACGGAGAUGUUUACGUUACAGCUAGAAAUGUGGAACUUGGUCUUAGAGCCGUGGAGGACCUGAAGAUAGAGGGAUGUAACGCCAAGUUCUAUCAACUGGACAUCACAAAGCAGGACACGAUUCAUAAACUGAAGAUAUUCCUCCAGGACAGUUAUGGUGGACUUGACAUUCUGGUCAAUAAUGCAGGCAUUUCAUACAAAAAAGCAUCAACUGCAUCAUUCUCUGAACAGGCGGAAGUAACUACCCGGACAAAUUUCACAGGGACGCUUGAUGUGUGUGAUACACUGUUCCCAAUUCUGCGGUCAAACGCAAGAGUGGUUAAUAUAUCUGGGAGGAUGUCUUUAUUCGCACUUAGAAAAUGCAGUGAGGACCUUCAGAAGACACUAGUAGACAGAGAUUGUAUUACAAUUGCUGAUAUAAAGAAUCUCAUGCAACAAUUCGUUGAUUCAGCGAAGACGGGUACAUAUGGGAAUCUGGGCUGGCCAGAAAUGGCAUAUGGUGUCUCUAAGCUAGGAGUGACCGUCCUGUCCAUCAUUCAACAACGAAAUUUACUCUUGGACGCUAGGCCUGACAUUAUUAUCAACACGUGUUGCCCAGGAUUAGUGAUGACCGAUAUGUCUUCACAAAAAGGAACAAAAACCAUCGAUGAAGGUGCAGACACCCCACUGUACCUGGCUUUGCUUCCUCCUAACACGACAAGUCCUAAAGGAGAGUUCGUAUCUGACAGGACCAUUGUCAACUUGGAGAUAAGCAAAACAGAGGAUUAA